AUGUCUCUCAAGCCUGACGACCGGUCCCGAAAGGAUCGCUCUAGGUCGCGCUCUCGCGACCGCCGUUCAAAGAGCGACGCAUCUGAGCGCCCCUCUUACAGCGAUACCCGGGAACCGAGCUACAUCUACCCAGAGGACGACUUUAAUGAUCGCUAUGCCAGUCGUCCAGGUGCACCUCAAGCAAGCGGCGCUCUUCCAUACCCCGAAGAAGCCGGCAUCUAUCCCUCGAUUCCAGGAAACCAAGCUCAUUAUAGCUACGACUCCCAACCGCCCACCUAUCGAACCGCCUCUCCGCCUGCUGAUUCACCAUACCGUUCCUCACAUGACAGGUUUGAUAGCAACCUACCAGGCGCGUUCCCAGACGACAACCGCCGUGAGAAGAACAGCAACCCAUACGGCUACACUAUAGCGCCACAGGCCAAAGAGGAGCCGGACAAGGAAAAAUUCAGCUUUCUGCCCCAGAAGUACAUGCGCAAGCUCACUGGAUCUCCAAGCGACGACAAGGAGAAGGACAGCCGGAAUCGCAAGGACAAACAUGACGACGAUCUAGCCUAUGGAAAGCCACCUAUUCCUCUGCGACCCAAGGGUCCGGCAGAUGACUUAGCCUAUGGUAAGGCGGCGGGAGUUCCUUCAACGGCCAGCCAGGUCAUGACAACGUACAACCCCACCCCAGCCUCCGACGACCAGUAUUAUGCUCAGCAAGCGCCUGCUUACGGAUAUCCUCAUCGCGACCCUGCCAGCCCUUCUGUUGAUCAGUAUGGGUCACGCAAGACCAAGGACGAAUCGCGCUAUGCCGAUACUUAUGGCUCAAGCAAGACAAAAGAAGAUCCGCGCUAUAGUGACACUUACGGGUCGAGCAAGACAAAGGACGACUCGCGCUACGCUGAUACUUAUGGCUCAGGCCCCAAUGUUAUGACCGUUGAGCCCAGAAGCCGCGAUGAGCAUAAGAGUCGUGAUGAUGACAAACACCGCGAGCGUCGUAGAGACAGGUCAUCUGGCCCUCGGGGUAGCUCAGACCGCCUCACGGUUGACUCAAGCGGCCGAAAACGUGAAAAGUCGCGAGAUAGGUCUCGCUCACAUCGGAGGGACAAGUCACCCUCGCGAGAUUCUCUAGGCGUGGAAAAGCACCGACAUAGAUCACGAUCCAGGGAUGGACAUCGUAGCCGAAAGGACAAAUCCCCUCACCCUCCGACAGAGAGGAUGUCAGGCCUCAGUAUCAACACUGGACUGACAGUCGGCGGCUUGGCUGCUGGUGGUCUUGCUGGCGCGUCCCUGGCAAAUGCUCCCCCUUCGCCCAUGCUCGAGUCCUAUUACGGUACUUACCAGGAUAUGUCUCCUAUGCCCUCGCCUCUGCUGCUUGCCUCCAAGUUCCCAGGUGAUGACAACAGGGCUAUGGAAGCGCUCUCCCCAUUAGGUUCCGACAAUGAGGGAGAUAGCAGGCGCAAGAGCCGACGGGCCCGCUUCCACGACUCUGAAGACAUCACAACUCAGCUUGCCCAGGCCCUCAAGGGAAGUCACCGACCUGAAACCGAGCCACUUAUUGAGAUCCUACCAAGCUUGACUCAUGAUCAAGUGAUGAAACUGCGCGCCGAUUACAAGGCGCUCGUCAAGACGGGCUCUGAACGCAAGGGUGUCAACAUCGCCAAGCAUAUCCGCGCUCGUCUCAAAGAUGAGGAUCCGCUUCUGAUGAAGGCUUGCUACUCCGUCGCUCUAGGCAUGUGGGAGAGCGAAGCAUACUGGGCCAACUUCUGGUACCAGGGAGACAAGACUCGCCGAGAACUUCUCAUUGAGUCUCUCAUGGGCCGCACCAACAGCGAAAUACGUUACAUUAAGGAUUCUUUCACGGACAAAAAGUAUGACAACAGCCUUAUCAAGUGUAUGAAAGAGGAGCUCAAGGAGGACAAGUUCAAGAAAGCUGUCCUCAUGGUACUUGAAGAACGACGCAUGGAGGAGUAUGAUCAUUAUGGCCGUUUGUUGCCGAUUGACUACGCUUUGGUUGACCAAGAUGCCGCCGAACUGCGUCGAUCUGUUAAAUCUGAAAAGGGUGGCGAGACAGCUAUGAUCAACAUCAUUGUACAGCGCAGUGACUCUCAUCUCCGCGCAAUCCUUCAGGAGUAUGAGCGUCAGUACCGUGCUAACUUUGCACGAGACGCUCUCAAGAAGAGUGGCAACCUUGUGGGUGAACUAUUGGCCCAUAUCCUCAACGGCGUUAUCAACCGCCCUGUUCGCGAUGCUCUUCUCAUUCAUCACGCCACCUCGGCAUCUCGUAAGGACGGACUCCGUCGUGAGCUGCUUAUCUCGCGUCUUGUUCGAUACCAUUGGGAUCCCCACCACAUGCGCGCCGUCAAGCAAGCUUACCGUGAGCGCUACAACAGAGGCAUGAGAGAUGCCGUUCGCGACGCUACAUCCGGUGAAUGGGGACAGUUUUGUGGUGAAUUGUGCAUUGCGCGUAUGCCUGAUGAUGUGAGGAAGUUUGACAAAGUCAGCUACAGUGUGCGGUGA